AUGUCAGAAGAAGCGAAUUCCGAUUUUCUUGGUCCUAAUUUCACGAACACGAAACUUGUGGGAACCGGUGGCAGCGGCGCUGUCUAUUCAGCGAUCGAUGUGGAAACAGACCAACGCGUUGCCCUGAAAAGACUUCUUGUUCGAGACCGAAUGAGUUGUAAAGCAGCUCUGAGAGAAGUUAAAAUCUUGAAGAAAUUAGAGCACGAAAAUAUAUUGAAAUUAACAAAAGUUGUGGACUCCGAGGGCUAUGCGUUUCAAGACGGCGCGGCAGAAAAUUUCAAAGAAGCAACGGAACUCUUUCUUGUAGAAGAACUGCUCGAUAACGAUCUUCAUCGCAUUCUGGAAAGCAAAGGAAAGCUACGAGAAGAUUACGUUAAACUGUUUUUGUAUCAACUGCUCCGAGGACUUAAAUACAUUCAUUCUAGUAAUGUAGUUCACAGAGACAUUAAACCAAGCAAUAUUUUAGUAGACUCGGAGACUCUUCUGCUGACCAUAGGCGACUUUGGCCGUUCUCGAAUUCUAGACCCGGCUUAUUCGCAUAACGGCUAUCUCACGCACGGUAUAUCCACAUUAUGGUAUAAAUCUCCUGAACUGCUGUUAAAUUCUUCGAUUUACGAUAGUUCGGUGGACAUCUGGGCCGCUGGUUGUGUUUUUGCCGAGAUGCUGUUGGGUAAACCCUUGUUCGAAGGGCAGCAUGAAAUUGACCAACUCGAACUGAUCCUCGACUCUGUUUGCCUCACGGAGGAAGAGUGGUUAAAACUUAGACCCCAAAUUCCUGAAAAGACGGCAAUGGCGAAGACAGAAAAUCAAGGAUCGCCCUUAGGAAGCAAGUUUUCCUACGUAGAUAUUCAAGGUAAAGGUGGUUUUGUUGUUGGUUGAAAUCCAUGUAAACAUUGAGUUCAUUAUUAUGCGCGCAAAAUGAACGCGGGACACCCGCAACGCCCUUGUUUUCUAACGAUUAUCUAUUUCUUUAAUUUUAGCUUUUUCCUUCCUUCUGUUUCACAAACCCGUAUAAUAAACCUUUUUUUUGUGGUCAAACUGCAAUAUUGGGUAAUUCUUGAAUUUUACUAAAAUUUAGGUUGUGCGAGUUAGCAUGUACCGAGUCGAGAGUUGUACUUUGGUACCCUAUUAAUAUUUCAUAAGAAUUGUCAAGCACUUUGUAAACAAAAGAAUAUCGUGGGCUAAAAAUGUCUCAUAUCGUGAUAUUUCUUCUUUCAGUCGUUUUCGACUCUUAUUUGUUCCGUUUGGAAAGAAAUAGAAAGGGUUUUCUUGACUUCUGUAAAUUUCAGUUUCGUGUAAUUGUUUCUAAAUUUAGCUAUUAGUUAAAAAUUCAACGAACCGCAGCGAAAUCUACAUAUUACCGCAAUAAGUGAAAUUCUAGCGUAGCGGUGUGAUUUUGUACCAUACGAAACGGAUGAAACAAAUUUCCUCUUACAGAUCGCUUUGCGCGUAAAAGCCGUGUUUAUGCCUUACGUUGACGUGUAUGUCUUCAUUCGUGCUUUUACGCGAUGGAUAACAAAUCGAUCCAUUAUUAGGGAAUCUGUCACGUUAUCGGUUGAUUCAAAAGUAAGGAAAAAGUAUUUUUCGAAUUCUGUUUCAAGGUGUUAAUCGAAAUUAUUAUUAUUAACAAGUAAGACACAGUAUCAAAAGACGCUUAAAGCUACUGCCGCGUUCUGCAUAACGAUCAGUGGAAUAACAAAGAUUCAUACAAUUAAUUCGUUGAAUCUUUUGACCGACCUCUUCUGAGACAAGAAUGCUCGCAUCUGAAACGAACACAUAUGGCGUGACACAUUGCUUAAAUAGCAGGGAUUGUUCUAGAGGUGGUUCUUUCAUGCUAGAUAUCAUGCAUUAGUCAAACAAUGACGGGAGUAAUAAAAACAUCCACUUAAGAAAGCUGUCGGUUAAAGUUCUCCAAGCUUCAACAGGAACAUCUCUUAAAAAUAUUGUCAAGCCUGCGCAACACUUGCGAUAUUUUUAGUAUUUUGUAUCAUAGCACUCUCGCUAACAUAAAAGACGUAGUACUUCUUUGUUUUGCACACAGCAAGUCAGAUGUAAUGUUCUUGCCCUUACGUAAUAACCUUAAAACUAGAAGGGGAGGACCAGCAAUUUAUUUCAACAGCAACACCAAGGAAAUGGGCACUUGUAUACACAACACACCCUCUUUACCUUGAAAUAAAUGAACUGAAUUCCUAGGUAGUGAGUUUCUAGAGAAAGUGUUCGAGUUCAAAACAUUGAAAUUAAACACCGCUUUCAGUUCUCGUAAAACGGUGCAUUGGGUAGUUUGAAUUUGAUAAUUUGUGGUGAACAGCAGAGAAAUGUACCAAUCUGCUAAACCAGUCUAGAGGCAUUGUUUUGUUAUUAUGAAUGAUCUUAAUUUUUUGGGCCUCUCUUUCUUCCAUCUCUGGUUGCUUGAACUCCCUGUUCCUGAAUUUUACCUUUUAUUGUAUUCCUAUGUGGAGGUGAUGCAAUAUUUGAUUGACGUUGUAUUUCUAUUUUCCCUACAGCUCUUGAUCUGCUGGUUAAAAUGUUGAAGUUCAACCCAGACAAAAGAAUCAGUGCUGAAGAGGCUCUGUCACAUCCGUACCUACACCAGUAUUCAUUUCCUUGUGAUGAACCAAUCUGUUUGGAACCCCUGCAUAUAGAGGAUGAGAUAGGAGAUUAUGAGGAAUGCAUGCUGAAAGGCUGGAUAUUUGAAGAGUGCCUUUCCAUGGACAAUUCUGUAGACACCACAGAACAUGCCCCAGUGCCUAAAGAAGUAGUUGUAGAAACCGACAGUUCAAGUGAAGUUAUGUCCUUAAAAGACUUUAUGGCAGAUUCUGGAGAAUCAGAUCCCAUUAUACUCGAUCAUGUUGAGGCGUGGUCGUUCAGUGGGGAGCGUUAUGAACAGAAGUACAGAGAUGAUGUAGUGGAACGAUUAGGAUUAGAAAGCAAGAAAGAAGGACUUGAAACUCUGUCUGCUGCAUUUAAAAUCCAAGCAUCCUUAAAGGGAACUACAGAAAUUUUAGAUCCAGCAAAGACUGUUAUUGAUCUGCAACAUGCCCGCAUACCAUCUUCAGUGUUUUUAGAUAGUGUGUUUGGAAAGGCAUAUCUUCAAGAAAAUGUCAAUUUUACUUGUAAGAAAAAUGUCUUUAAUGGUCCAUUUGGUCUGUGUUAUUUUUAA